CGCGGAACGUCCGACGCGCCGCCCGCUCCGCCCGCCCGGAUCGUUCUGCCUGGUGCACUCCGCUGGCGGAAAGAGGGUGACUCACCAUGCCGAAGUUACGAAAAACCCAAGGAGGGAAGCAGGAGAAGAAGGUUAUCCAUCCUUACAGCAGAAAAGCUGCACAGCUUGCAAGGGAAGCACACAAACAGGAAAAGAAAGAAAAGUUGAAGACUGACAAAGCUUUGCGUUUGAGUAUCAUUGGAGAAAAACUGCAAUGGUUUCAAAGUCACCUUGACCCCAGUAAAAUUGAGUACACCAAGAAGGAAGCUGGUGAACUAAUUGAAAAUUAUAUGUGUCGAUUCAAUGCUGAAUUGGAGCAGAUUGAAUUACAAAACAGUAUUAAAGGCAGAGAAGGAAGACAGCAUGUUUCACGGGAAACUGUCAUCAAGCAGACCAUAGAACGUGAAAGACAACUCUACGAAGGCUAUGGAAUAGAAAUCCCAGACAUUCUGAAUAGAAAGCAUCUUAAAUUUUUCAGAGAAUGGGAUGGUGAUCUGAGAAAACUGCCAAACAUAAAAAUGAAAAAGGUCUCAUCUAGGGAUGUUGCCUGCGUCCACCCUGAGGUAGAACCUAAAAAAGAACUGAAAAAAGCAGAAGAGUUGUCUAAUGAGCCACCAGCUGAUUGAAGAGUCGAAGCAACAGAAAAAGCACUGUAAUAAACCCAUUUUAGUUACCAGUGGAAACAAAAAUAAAUUCUAACUAUAUUUGCAAAAGCUCUGCUAAUUGCAUUUUUGAGCUGUGUUACCUAUGGUAAAGAAUAAACAGUGUAUUUUUGGGGGUAAAGCUAUAUAGUAUUGGAUAAAAUAUUUUGAAUAUAAAUAAAUACAUAAAAACCUAGUUGUGUCCUUGCUUCUCAUUACUGUGCCUUCUCCUUAGUAUGUGGGCUGCUAAGGUGGCACAGCACUCUAGUUUACAUCUUGAAGUCCAUGACCAGUUGAGAACCUCUUCCAUGGUUAUAGAGCAGUCAGGAUU